CUGUAUGCUAAUACGGGGAGGAAAGGAGCCGCGCAGAGCCCAGGAGGCAGCAGUGGAGGCUAUCAGAGUCUUAGCAGAGCCGGCUCCUCAACAGCCAUGGCUGAAGGUGCUGAAGCGGAGGAUGAAAUCCAGUUCUUACGAACUGAUGAUGAAGUGGUACUACAAUGUGUUGCCAAUAUCCAGAAAGACCACAAAAAAUUCUGCUUAUCGGUUGAAGGACUUGGGAACCGUCUGUGCUUCUUAGAAUUAACAUCAGAGGCAAAGAGAAUCCCACCAGACCUAUGUAUCUGCAAUUUUGUGCUUGAACAGUCCCUGUCGGUCAGAGCCCUGCAGGAGAUGCUGGCUAACACCGGGGAAAAUGCCAGCGAAGGGCCCAGAGACCUGGACAAAUGGGCCUCUCAGGGAGGUGGACAUAGGACACUUCUUUAUGGUCAUGCAAUUCUUCUCCGACACUCAUUUAGUGGAAUGUAUUUAACAUGCUUGACUACAUCAAGGUCUCUGACAGAUAAACUUGCUUUUGAUGUGGGAUUGCAAGAAGAUUCAAUAGGUGAAGCUUGCUGGUGGACUAUUCAUCCAGCGUCCAAACAGAGAUCUGAAGGAGAGAAGGUGCGCAUUGGGGAUGACCUUAUUCUAGUGAGCGUUUCCUCUGAGAGGUAUCUGCAUCUCUCAAUCUCCAAUGGCAGUAUUCAGGUAGAUGCAUCUUUCAUGCAAACUCUGUGGAAUGUGCACCCAACCUGUUCUGGAAGUAACGUGGAAGAAGGUUAUUUGCUUGGUGGGCAUGUGAUGCGUCUCUUUCAUGGUCAUGAUGAGAUUCUGACCAUCCCAUCAUCUCCUAAGAGUGAAGAUCAGUAUAGGAUAGUAAAUUAUGAAACUGGAAGUGCUGGUGCUCGAGCAAGAUCUCUAUGGAGGGUUGAACCACUUCGCAUAAGUUGGAGUGGAAGCUAUAUUCGUUGGGGUCAGCCUUUCCGCUUGCGACACAUUACAACAGGGCAAUAUUUAGCAUUGAUGGACCGAACUCUGGUUCUUCAAGACAGAGAAAAGGCGGACACUGAAUCUACAGCCUUCUGCUUUAGAGCAUCAAAGGAAAAAAUUGAAUCCAGUCCAAAAAGAGAUGUUGAAGGCAUGGGAGUAGCAGAAAUUAAAUAUGGAGAUUCCAUUUGUAUUGUUAUGCAUGUCGCUUCUGGCCUAUGGCUGUCCUACCAAGCUCCAGAUGCCAAAUCAGCUCGACUUGGACCCCUCAAGCGAAGGGCUAUACUUCACCAAGAAGGCCACAUGGAUGAUGGAUUGAUAUUGCAACGCUGCCAGCAUGAAGAGUCUAGAGCUGCCAGGAUCAUCCGCAACACAACAAAGCUUUUCAGUCAGUUUAUCAGGGAUCUAGAUAACCUGAGUGGAAAGAACCGUACCUACAUUGCCCUGCCUAUUGAGGAGGUUCUGCAGACCCUGAACGACCUAAUCACUUACUUCCAGCCUCCGGAGGAAGAGUUGGAACAUGAGGAAAAACAGAACAAGCUGCGCUCUCUAAAAAACAGACAAAAUCUUUUUAAGGAUGAGGGAAUGCUGACUUUGGUUUCAAACUGCAUUGACCGGCUCAACGUCUACAACAGUGCUGCUCAUUUUGGGGAGUAUUCUGGAGAGGAUGCUGGCUCUGCAUGGAAAGACAUUCUGAACCUACUCUAUGAGUUACUUGCUUCCCUCAUCCGUGGAAACAGAAAUAAUUGCACGCAAUUCUCCAAUAAUCUUGACUGGCUAGUUAGUAAACUAGACAGGCUGGAAUCUUCAUCAGGUAUUCUUGAAGUUUUGUACUGUAUUCUCAUUGAAAGCCCAGAAGCUCUCAACAUUAUCCAAAAAGGACAUAUCAAGUCCAUCAUCUCUCUCUUGGAUAAACAUGGCCGGAACCACAAGGUAUUGGAUGUCUUAUGCUCUCUUUGUGUUUGCAAUGGCGUGGCGGUGAGAGCCAACCAAAACCUGAUAUGCGACCAAUUGCUGCCACGUAGAGAUUUGCUUCUUCAAACUCGUCUGGUAAACGACGUCACCAGCAUGAGGCCCAACAUUUUCUUGGGAAUUAGCGAGGGAUCUGCCCAGUAUAAAAAGUGGUACUACGAACUGAUGAUUGACCAGGUGGAUCCUUUUGUGACCAAUGAGCCUUCUCAUUUACGUGUUGGCUGGGCAACCACUGAAGGAUACGCUCCAUACCCUGGAGGUGGCGAGGGCUGGGGAGGCAACGGUGUUGGAGAUGAUCUCUACUCUUAUGGCUUUGAUGGCCUUCAUCUCUGGUCAGGUCGUGUCCCAAGAACUGUGGCCUCCAUAAAUCAGCAUUUAUUGACGUCAGAUGAUGUUGUCAGUUGUUGCCUUGAUCUGGGAGCACCUAGCAUCUCGUUUCGCAUCAACGGACAGCCAGUGCAGGGCAUGUUUGAAAACUUCAACACGGAUGGCCUUUUCUUCCCUGUAGUGAGCUUCUCUGCAGGAGUCAAAGUACGCUUCCUGCUAGGAGGCCGUCAUGGAGACUUCAAGUUCCUCCCUCCUGCUGGCUAUGCCCCAUGCUAUGAAGCUCUUCUGCCCAAGGAAAAGAUGCGAGUGGAGCCAGUGAAGGAAUACAAGCGAGACUAUGAUGGUGUGCGCGAUCUGCUGGGCACCGUGCAAUUCCUGUCUCAGGCUUCCUUCAUCCCUGUGCCAGUCGAGACCAGUCAGAUUGUCAUGCCUCCACACCUGGAAAAGGUCCGAGACAAAUUAGCUGAGAACAUCCAUGAGCUGUGGGGUAUGAAUAAGAUCGAACUGGGGUGGACCUAUGGCAAGGUACGAGAUGACAACAAAAGGCAGCAUCCUUGUCUGGUAGAUUUCUCUAAAUUACCUGAAACUGAAAAAAAUUACAACCUCCAGAUGUCAACAGAAACUCUCAAAACCUUGCUAGCGUUGGGUUGCCAUGUAGUUCAAGUGAACAUGAAUGCAGAAGAAGAUCUGAAAAAAAUGAAACUUCCAAAAAACUACAUGAUGUCAAAUGGAUACAAGCCCUCUCCACUGGACCUUUCUGAGGUGAAGUUAAUUCCAGCCCAGGAAGUUUUGGUUGAUAAACUUGCAGAGAAUGCUCAUAAUGUGUGGGCAAAGGACCGAAUUAAACAAGGAUGGACCUAUGGCAUUCAGCAGGAUCUGAAGAGCAAAAGAAAUCCUCGUUUGGUGCCAUAUGCUUUAUUGGAUGAGCGCACUAAGAAAUCCAACAGAGACAGCCUCCGUGAGGCUAUCCGGACCCUGAUUGGGUACGGAUACAAUAUUGAACCUCCUGACCAAGAGAGUGCAGGCCAGGCUGUGGAAAGACUGAGCAUUGAUAAGAUUCGUUUCUUCCGUGUGGAAAAAACCUAUGCAGUUAAGACUGGAAAAUGGUAUUUUGAGUUUGAGGCCGUGAGUGGUGGGGACAUGCGUGUGGGCUGGGCCCGGCCAGGAUGCAGACCGGAUGUGGAGCUGGGACUGGACAACCAGGCUUUUGUCUUUGAUGGAUCCCGGGGUCACCGUUUACACCAAGGAAGCAGCUUUUUUGGUAGGACGUGGCAAGCAGGUGAUGUUGUGGGAUGCAUGAUUGAUCUGCAAGACAAAUCAAUGAUCUUCACAUUGAAUGGUGAAAUUCUGAUUACAAAUAAAGGCUCAGAACUCUGCUUUGCUGAUUUUGAGGUUGAAGAUGGUUUUAUUCCAGUAUGCAGCUUGGGUCUGUCCCAGAUUGGCCGCAUGAACCUUGGGAAGGAUGCUAGCACUUUUAAAUAUUAUACAAUGUGUGGCCUCCAAGAAGGCUUUGAGCCUUUUGCUGUCAACAUGAACCGGGAUGUUGCAAUGUGGUUUAGUAAACGCCUGCCAACCUUUAUCAAUGUGCCAAAAGAACAUCCCCAUAUUGAGGUCACCAGAAUUGAUGGCACUGUUGAAAGUCCUCCAUGUCUCAAAGUGACACAUAAGACUUUUGGAACACAGAACAGCAAUGCAGACAUGGUCUUCUGUCGUCUGAGUAUGCCUGUGGAGUUUCAUUCGUCUUUCCGAAGUGGUACUGCCAUGGAUUCAGAUGUACUUCAAGAAGACGAAUCACAAAAAACAAAGCAAAGGUUUCCACUCAAAUCUCAAAAACAAGUUGAAGAAAGUUCUUCACGAAGAAUUGAAUUUGGACAUAUCAGUGUGUAUUACUACUCAGUGCGAGUGUUUGCUGGACAGGAUCCCUCAUGUGUGUGGGUUGGCUGGGUUACCCCAGAUUACCAUUUCUAUAGCAACUGCUUUGACCUCAACAGGAACCGUACUGUCACUGUCACCCUUGGAGAUGAGAGAGGCAGAGUUCAUGAAAGUGUCAAGCGUAGCAAUUGCUACAUGGUAUGGGGUGGAGAUAUCAGCAGCCUCCAGGGAUCAAGUCGCAACAAUGUGGACAUUGAAAUUGGGUGUCAUAUCGACUUGGCCACUGGCUAUGUGUCGUUCACUGCAAAUGGAAAAGAUCUGGGCACAUCCUACCAGGUUGAAGCAAAUACCAAACUGUUCCCUGCAGUUUUUGUUCAGCCCACCAGCCCAAACCUUUUUCAGUUUGAACUUGGAAGGUUAAAGAAUGUCAUGCCUCUGUCAGCUGCCAUUUUUAAGAGUGAACACCGAAACCCAGUUCCACAGUGUCCACCACGCCUUGAUGUUCAGACCAUCACUCCAGUGCUAUGGAGCAGGAUGCCAAAUGUCUUCCUAAAGGUGGAGGCAGCACGAGUGAGCGAGCGCCAUGGCUGGGUUGUGCAGUGUCUUGAGCCCUUGCAGAUGAUGGCUUUACAUAUCCCAGAAGAAAACAGGUGUGUGGAUGUCUUGGAGCUUUCUGAACAAGAAGAUCUGAUGAAGUUCCACUACCAUACACUGAAGCUGUACUGUGCACUGUGUGCUCUGGGCAAUAAUCGAGUUGCCCAUGCACUCUGCAGCCAUGUUGACCAGUCACAACUCCUAUAUACCAUUGACAACCAGUAUUUACCAGGAAUGCUGCGUCAAGGCUUUUAUGAUCUUUUGAUCAGCAUCCAUUUGGAGACAGCAAAGGAAGCUCGGCUAAUGAUGAACAAUGAGUUUAUCAUUCCAGUUACAGACGAAACCAGGAGUAUCAAGCUUUUCCCAGAUGACUCCAAAAAGCACUCUUUGCCUGGAGUAGGCCUAAGCACAUCUCUUAAGCCUCGCCUCAGCUUUUCUCCCCCAUGCUUUAUCACAACAAACAGGGAACAGCAGCUGCACAGCCCAAAAAUUCCUUUGGAUAUCCUGAAGGAGAAAGCAAUUAGCAUGCUCACCGAGGCAGUGCAAGGAGGUGGCCACCAUAUCAGAGACCCUGUGGGAGGAAGUGUAGAGUUCCAGUUUGUGCCAAUCUUGAAGCUGAUUGGCACACUGCUUAUCAUGGGUGUCUUGAGUGAUGAUGAUGUAAAGCAGAUUUUGCUCAUGAUCGAUCCUUGUGUGUUUGGGGAGCAGAAGGAGGAGGAAGAGCAGGAAGUGAAAGCAAAGGAGGAAGUCACCAGUACAGAAGAGAAAGCAGUGGAGGCAGGAGAAGAGGAGGCCAAAGAAAGCAAACAGCCCAUGAAUGGCCUGCUAGAGAAGCAUCUACCUGAGUCAGUAAAGCGGCAGAUGUGUGAACUGCUUCACUACUUCUGUGACUGUGAAUUGAGGCACCGAACUGAAGCAAUUGUCUCCUUCUCAGACUGUUUUGUGUCUAAGCUACAGUUUAAUCAGAGGUUCCGCUACAACGAGCUGAUGGUUGCUUUGAACAUGUCAGCUGCUUUGACAGCCAGGAAGACCAGGGAGUUUCGCUCACCCCCACAGGAGCAGAUCAACAUGUUGUUGAACUUCAAACUUGGAGAAGACUGUCCAUGUCCAGAUGAAAUUCGGGAUGAGCUGUAUGAAUUUCAUGAUGACCUAUUACUGCACUGUGGAAUCCCCUUAGAAGAAGAGGAGGAAGAGGAACAAGACACAUCUAUUAGAGGAAGAUUGAUGUCAUUAGUGUACAAAAUCAAAGGUGCCCCUAAGAAACAAGAAGAAGAGCCAGCAGAGACCGAACAAGCAGCUCCUACAACCCUUAAAGAGCUGAUAUCUCAAACCAUGGUCAGCUGGGCACAGGAGUCCCACAUCCAGGACCCAGAGCUGGUGCGGGCCAUGUUUAGCCUCCUCCGUCGACAGUAUGACAGCAUUGGUGAGCUUCUGAGAGCCCUGAGGAAGGCUUACUCCAUUAGUGCAGCCUCAGUCCAGGACACUAUCAACCUUUUGGCUUCAUUGGGGCAAAUCAGGUCCCUGCUUAGUGUCAGGAUGGGGAAAGAGGAGGAGAAGCUGAUGAUUGAUGGAUUAGGGGAUAUCAUGAAUAAUAAGGUGUUCUACCAACACCCCAACCUAAUGAGAGUAUUGGGCAUGCAUGAAACCGUUAUGGAAGUCAUGGUGAAUGUACUAGGAGGUGACAAAUCACAGGAGAUUGCUUUUCCGAAGAUGGUUGCAAGUUGCUGCCGCUUCUUGUGCUACUUCUGCCGCAUCAGUCGCCAGAAUCAGAAGUCCAUGUUUGACCAUUUGAGCUAUCUUUUGGAAAACAGCAGUGUUGGACUGGCUUCUCCAUCCAUGAGGGGGUCCACUCCCCUAGAUGUAGCUGCAGCCUCAGUAAUGGAUAACAAUGGUCUUGCCCUGGCCUUGGAGGAGCCUGAUCUUGAUAAGGUUGUCACUUAUUUGGCAGGCUGUGGCCUGCAGAGCUGUCCUAUGCUCCUCGCGAAGGGAUACCCUGACAUUGGGUGGAAUCCAAUUGAAGGCGAACGCUAUCUGUCCUUCCUGAGGUUUGCCGUGUUUGUGAAUGGUGAAAGCGUAGAAGAAAAUUCCAGUGUAGUGGUAAAGCUGCUCAUCCGUCGCCCAGAAUGUUUUGGCCCAUCUCUCAGAGGAGAAGGUGGCAGUGGUCUGCUUGGAGCCAUGAAAGAAGCUAUCAAGAUAUCUGAGACCCCAGCUCUCGAUCUCCCAAGCACAACUUCUGGUGUCCGUCGAGACCCGUCUGGAGAAGAAGAGGAAGAGAUUGUUCAUAUGGGCAAUGCCAUCAUGUCUUUCUACUCUGCACUAAUCGAUCUGCUGGGACGCUGUGCUCCUGAAAUGCAUCUGAUCAACACCGGCAAAGGUGAAGCCUUGCGGAUCAGGGCAAUUCUACGUUCUCUUGUUCCAAUGGAGGACCUGGUGGGGAUCAUCAGUAUACCACUCAAGAUGCCAACUGCAAAUAAAGAUGGCAGUGUUAAUGAGCCUGAUAUGUCAGCUAAUUUCUGUCCUGAUCACAAAGCUCCCAUGGUGCUGUUCUUGGACCGUGUCUAUGGUGUUGAGGAACAAAGCUUCAUGCUGCACCUGCUGGAGGUUGGCUUCCUGCCUGACCUGAGGGCCUCAGCUUCACUUGACACUGAUGCACUAAGCACCACUGAAACUGCCCUUGCCAUGAAUCGAUAUAUCUGCUCAGCAGUACUCCCUCUGCUCACCCGCUGUGCCCCUCAGUUUGCUGGUACUGAGCACUAUGCUGCUCUCAUUGACUCCAUCCUGCAUACAAUCUACCGUUUGUCUAAAGGCCGAUCUCUCACCAAGGCACAGAGAGAUGCCAUUGAAGAGUGUUUGCUGUCCAUUUGUCGCUACUUACGGCCAUCCAUGCUGCAGCAGCUUCUGCGACGCCUUGUUUUUGAUGUGCCUCUGCUGAAUGAGUAUUGCAAGAUGCCCCUGAAGCUUCUCACCAUUCACUAUGAACAAAGCUGGAAAUACUACUGCUUGCCCUCCGGGUGGGGAAGCUAUGGCAUGGCUUCUGAAGAAGAGGUGCUUCUCACCAAGAAACUCUUCUGGGGAAUCUUUGAUUCACUGUCCCAAAAGAAGUAUGACCGCGAGCUCUUCAAAAUGGCCAUGCCCUGCCUCAGUGCAAUUUCAGGAGCAUUGCCUCCUGACUAUGUGGAUGCCAGCAUUACCACGACAUUGGAAAAACAAACAUCUGUGGAUGCACAGGGCAACUUUGACCCCAAACCCAUCAGUACUGCCAAUAUUUCCUUACCAGAAAAACUGGAAUAUAUCGCCAAUAAAUAUGCUGAGCACUGUCAUGACAAGUGGGCUUCUGAAAAGGUAGCACUUGGAUGGAAAUUUGGGGAUGUCAUGGAUGAGAAGAUCAAGACUCAUCCUUUGUUGAAGCCUUACAAGUCCCUGGCUGAGAAGGAGCGAGAGAUUUACCGCUGGCCUGUUAAAGAGUCUCUGAAGAGUAUGCUGGCAAUGGGAUGGAACAUUGAAAGGACCAAAGAGGGUGAAGCCAUGUUUCAGCAGCGGGAAAGUGAGAAAUUGCGCAAGAUAUCCCAGUCUUCCCAGGGAAAUGGCUAUACUCCAUGCCCACUCGACAUGAGUAACGUGGUUCUGUCUCGAGAACUUCAGGCAAUGGUGGAGGUUGUGGCUGAAAACUACCAUAACAUCUGGGCAAAAAAGAAAAAAAUGGAAUUGGGAAGCAGAGGUGGAGGAAGCCAUCCUUUGCUGGUUCCAUAUGAUACCCUAACUGCUAAGGAGAAGGCCCGGGAUCGAGAGAAAGCUCAGGAGUUAUUCCGCUUCCUCCAAAUCAAUGGCUAUGCAAUAACAAGGGGCCUAAAGGAUAUGGAGCAGGAUGCUUCAUCCAUGGAAAAAAGAUUUGCUUAUAAAUUUCUGAAGAAGGUGCUUAAAUAUGUGGACUCUGCUCAAGAAUUCAUCGCUCACUUAGAGGCAAUUGUUAGCAGUGGGAAAGCUGACAAGUCACCUCAUGAACAGGAGAUCAAGUUCUUUGCGAAGGUUCUCCUUCCACUGAUUGACCAGUACUUUAAGAAUCACUGUCUGUAUUUCUUGUCAUCUCCUAUCAAAACUCUAAGCAGCAGUGGAUAUGCUUCCAACAAGGAGAAGGAGAUGGUGACCAGCUUGUUCUGUAAGCUGGCAGCCCUUGUCCGGCAUCGGAUUUCUCUCUUUGGAAGUGACUCAAACACCAUGGUCAGCUGCUUGCAUAUCUUGGCUCGCACUCUGGACACAAGAACAGUGAUGAAGUCAGGCUCCGAACUCGUCAAAGCUGGUCUACGGACCUUCUUUGAAAGUGCAGCAGAAGACCUGGAGAAAACAUUGGAAAACCUGAAGCUGGGAAAGUUUACUCAUUCACGGACUCAGAUGAAAGGCGUGUCCCAGAACAUCAACUACACCACUGUUGCUUUGCUGCCAGUUCUCACGUCUCUGUUUGAACACAUCACCCAGCAUCACUUUGGAGCUGAUCUCAUUUUGGAUGAUGUCCAGGUCUCCUGUUACAGAAUUCUAUGCAGCUUAUACUCUUUAGGAACUGGAAAGAACAUCUAUGUGGAGAGGCAGCGUCCAGCUCUUGGAGAAUGUUUAGCUACUCUUGCUGGGGCCAUGCCCGUUGCUUUCCUUGAGCCUCAUCUGAAUAUGCACAAUCCACGCUCUGUCUUCAAUACAAAGACACCCAGAGAAAGAACCAUUUUAGGUAUGCCAGACACAGUUGAGGAGAUGUGCCCUGAGAUGCCCAGGCUGGAUGGUUUAAUGAAGGACAUCAAUGAUAUGGCGGAGUCUGGUGCACGCUACACAGAAAUGCCCCAUGUCAUCGAGGUCAUACUGCCCAUGCUGUGUAAUUACUUAUCUUACUGGUGGGAGAAGGGGCCUGAGAACAUUACAGAAAGCAGUGGCCCGUGCUGCACUAUGGUGACAUCUGAACACCUCAGUGUUAUUCUUGGGAAUAUUCUUAAAAUCUUGAACAAUAACCUUGGGAUUGAUGAGGCCUCCUGGAUGAAGAGAAUUGCUGUGUACGCUCAACCAAUUAUUAGCAAGGCUCGACCUGACUUGCUGAAGUCUCACUUCCUCCCAACACUAGAGAAGCUGAAGAAGAAGACAGUAAAGGUUGUAGCUGAAGAGGAAAUGCUCAAAGCAGACAGCAAAGGUGAUACCCAGGAGGCGGAGCUCCUUAUCCUCGAUGAGUUUGCAGUACUCUGCCGUGACCUCUAUAGCUUCUAUCCUAUGCUCAUCCGUUAUGUUGACAACAACAGGUCCAGAUGGCUGAAAGAACCUGAUAGUGACUCUAAUGAGCUCUUCCGCAUGGUGGCUGAGAUCUUUAUCCUCUGGUGUAAAUCACAUAACUUUAAAAGAGAGGAGCAGAACUUUGUUGUUCAGAAUGAAAUCAACAACUUGUCUUUUCUUACGGGGGACAGCAAGAGCAAGAUGUCCAAGACAGGAGGCCAAGAUCAAGAAAGAAAGAGGACAAGGCGCCGUGGGGAAUUCUAUUCCAUCCAGACCUCGCUGAUUGUUGCAGCUCUCAAAAAGAUGUUGCCCAUUGGUCUGAAUAUGUGCACUCCAGGAGAUCAGGAGCUGAUAUCGCUGGCCAAAUUCAGAUAUGGACUGAAGGAUACAGAUGAUGAGGUUAAGGACCAUAUUCGACAAAAUCUGCACUUGCGAGAAAAGUCUGAAGAUCCAGCAGUAAGAUGGCAAAUGAACCUUUAUAAAGAUGUUGUGGUGAAGAGUGAAGAGCCUGCAGACCCAGAACACACAGUCAACAGGGUGCAGAGAAUUUCGGCUGCUGUCUACCACUUGGAGCAGGUUGAGCAGCCUUUAAGGUCCAAGAAAGCAGUGUGGCACAAGCUUCUAUCUAAGCAGCGUAAGCGAGCAGUGGUUGCAUGCUUCAGGAUGGCACCUCUCUACAACCUUCCAAGGCAUCGCUCUAUUAACCUCUUCCUCUGUGGUUAUCAGAGGUUUUGGAUAGAGACAGAGGAGUACUCAUUUGAGGAGAGCCUAGUUCAGGAUCUGGCAAAACCACAGAAGAAGGUUGAGGAGGAGGAAGAAGAGGAAACUACUAAGCAACCUGAUCCCCUGCACCAACUCAUUCUCCAUUUUAGUCGCAACGCACUUACAGAGAGAAGCUCCCUGGAGGAGGACCCCUUGUACAUUGCAUAUGCGGACAUGAUGGCUAAGAGCUGCCAAGGAGAGGAAGAGGAGGAAGAGGAAGGAAAAGAGAAGACUUUUGAGGAAAAGGAAAUGGAGAAGCAGAAGACCCUGUAUCAGCAAGCCAGACUACAUGAGCGUGGAGCUGCUGAGAUGGUGCUUCAGACUAUCAGUGCCAGCAAAGGUCGAAUGGGUCCCAUGGUUGUGUCCACUCUGAAGCUUGGAAUUGCCGUUCUAAAUGGUGGCAAUGUUGUAGUUCAGCAGAAAAUGUUAGAUUAUUUGAAGGAGAAAAGGGAUGCUGGAUUUUUCAAGAGCUUAUCAGGACUUAUGCAAUCUUGCAGCGUGCUGGACUUGAAUGCUUUUGAAAGGCAGAACAAAGCCGAAGGCUUGGGGAUGGUAACAGAGGAGGGGUCUAGCGAAAAGGUCCUGCAGAAUGAUGAGUUCACCCGGGAUCUGUUUAGGUUUUUGCAGCUGCUCUGUGAGGGUCACAAUAAUGAUUUCCAGAAUUUCCUACGCACUCAGACGGGCAACACCACCACUAUCAACAUAAUCAUCAGCACAGUCGAUUACCUUCUGCGGCUUCAAGAAUCCAUCAGUGACUUUUAUUGGUACUAUUCAGGCAAGGAUGUGAUUGAUGAGCCUGGGCAGCGCAAUUUCUCAAAAGCUUUGGGUGUCGCCAAACAAAUCUUUAACUCUCUCACUGAGUACAUUCAGGGCCCCUGUAUUGGCAAUCAACAAAGCCUUGCACACAGCAGGCUCUGGGAUGCAGUGGUUGGCUUUCUUCAUGUCUUUGCUAACAUGCAGAUGAAGCUCUCCCAGGAUGCCAGCCAGAUUGAGCUUCUCAAGGAACUGCUGGAUCUGCAGCAGGAUAUGGUGGUAAUGAUGUUGUCACUACUGGAAGGUAAUGUUGUAAAUGGAACAAUUGGCAAGCAGAUGGUUGAUACCCUGGUAGAAUCAUCUAGCAAUGUUGAAAUGAUCCUGAAAUUUUUUGAUAUGUUCCUCAAGUUGAAAGACCUAACGUCUUCUGAUGCGUUCAAGGAGUAUGAUCCUGAUGGAAAGGGAGUCAUCUCCAAGAAAGAGUUUCAGAAAGCUAUGGAAAGCCAAAAGCAGUACACUCAAUCAGAAAUUGAAUUCUUAUUGUCAUGUGCAGAGGCUGAUGAGAAUGACAUGUUUAGCUAUAAAGAGUUUGUAGAUCGUUUCCAUGAGCCUGCUAAGGAUAUUGGCUUUAAUGUAGCAGUCCUGCUAACUAAUCUGUCAGAGCACAUGCCCCACGACUCGCGGCUCAGUUCUUUCUUAGAACUGGCAGAAAGCGUCCUCAGUUACUUUGAACCCUACCUAGGCCGCAUCGAAAUCAUGGGAGGAGCAAAGCGCAUUGAAAGAGUGUACUUUGAGAUCAGUGAGUCCAGCAGGACCCAGUGGGAGAAGCCACAGGUCAAGGAGUCGAAGCGGCAGUUUAUCUUUGAUGUUGUCAAUGAAGGUGGGGAGAGUGAAAAGAUGGAGCUCUUUGUGAACUUUUGUGAAGACACCAUUUUUGAAAUGCAACUGGCUUCUCAGAUUUCUGAACCUGAUGCUGCUGAAAGGGCCGAGGAGGAAGAGGAUGAGCCACACAGCCUCCUGGAGGAACUGGGAUCAGAAGAGGAAGAGGAGGCAAACUUGGAAUCUUCAUCUGCCUUCACCAUUGCCUGUGUCUCCAUGAAGAAAAACUUUGCCAACUUCAUGAAUCUCCUCACAUUCAAAAAUAUUCGAAAGCAGUACAGGAAAUUUAAAAAGAUGACAAUAAAGGAAAUGGUCAAAGUCUUCUUCUCAUUCUUCUGGAUGAUAUUUGUUGGCCUCUUCCAUUUUGUCUUCACCCUAGUGUGGGGCCUGAUCCAUAUUGUGUGGAGCUCUAUGUUUGGGGGUGGCUUAGUUGAAGGUGCAAAGAACAUUAAAGUGACUGAUAUCUUAGGAAACAUGCCUGACCCCACUCAGUUUGGCAUCCAUGGUGACAUCCUUGAAGCUGAAAAGGGUGACAGCAGUGAAUCGACCACCACCUCUGACCUUGUACAAUUAGCAAAAGGAGAGAAAGCUGAGCCGGAUCUGAUGUCAGAGCUACUAGGCAUUGGCCCAAAGAAGGAAGGCCAUGCUAAACACAGCCCAGAGCCUGGUUUAGGUGACAUCUCUGAAAUAAUUGGCACAGACACUCCAUCAUCUUUAGUAAGUGCAGUGCAUCAAAAGAAACUAGCCCAGGAAACAGACAUCACCAUCACCAAGGAAGCUGAAACUGAAGUCAAAUCAGAAGCAGAAAAGGCAGACACUGAGGAUGGUGAGAAAAAGGAUAAAGCCAAGGAAGAGGAGCCACCAGAGCCAGUGGUAGAAGAGAAGAAGAUCCGAAGAAGACGACAUGGCCAGAAGCAGGAAGAGACUGAUGCUUUCAUGGCUAAUUUCCUGGCUGGCCUGGAGGUGUAUCAGACUAAGAUGCUGAAUUACCUGGCACGCAAUUUCUACAACCUUAGACUUCUUGCUCUCUUUGUGGCCUUCGCCAUCAACUUCAUCCUCCUCUUCUACAAGGUCACAGAGGACCCCUUUGACUUUGAUGAAGUGGAUGAAGACUCUGAUCUGUGGAAUGGAGACGAGGAGGAGGAGGAUGAAGGAGGAAUGGUUUACUUUGUUUUGCAGGAGAGUACGGGUUACAUGGCGCCUACGCUCCGAUUCCUGGCUGUGAUUCACACCGUCAUUUCCUUCUUGUGUGUUAUUGGGUACUACUGCCUUAAGGUGCCUCUGGUUGUGUUCAAACGUGAAAAGGAAAUUGCCAGAAAGUUGGAGUUUGAUGGCCUUUAUAUAACUGAACAACCGUCAGAUGACGACAUCAAGGGACAGUGGGACCGGCUGGUGAUUAACACUCCAUCUUUCCCUAACAACUACUGGGACAAGUUUGUGAAACGUAAGGUCAUUAACAAAUAUGGGGAUCUCUAUGGAGCUGAGAGAAUUGCUGAACUCUUGGGUUUGGACAAAAGUGCUCUGGACUUCAACCCAACAGAAGAGACUGCCCCCAAAGAAGCCACACUGGUGUCUUGGCUGAGCUCUAUUGACAUGAAAUACCACAUAUGGAAACUGGGAGUCGUCUUUACUGACAACUCCUUCCUUUACCUGGCCUGGUACACCACCAUGUCUAUUUUGGGCCACUACAACAACUUCUUCUUUGCUGCUCACUUGCUUGAUAUUGCCAUGGGCUUUAAGACAUUGAGAACCAUCCUGUCAUCUGUAACUCACAAUGGAAAACAGCUGGUCCUGACUGUGGGUCUUCUGGCCGUUGUCGUGUAUCUCUACACAGUGGUUGCAUUUAACUUUUUCCGCAAAUUCUACAACAAGAGCGAGGACGAGGAUGAGCCAGACAUGAAGUGUGAUGACAUGAUGACGUGCUACCUCUUCCACAUGUACGUGGGCGUGAGAGCCGGAGGAGGCAUUGGUGAUGAGAUUGAAGACCCAGCUGGUGACCCCUAUGAGAUGUACCGUAUUGUCUUUGACAUCACAUUUUUCUUCUUCGUCAUUGUCAUCUUGCUCGCCAUCAUCCAGGGUCUCAUCAUUGAUGCGUUUGGUGAGCUCAGAGAUCAGCAGGAGCAAGUAAGGGAGGAUAUGGAGACCAAAUGCUUCAUUUGUGGAAUUGGAAAUGAUUACUUUGACACGACGCCGCAUGGCUUUGAAACUCACACCUUGCAAGAACACAACCUGGCCAACUACUUGUUCUUCCUUAUGUACCUCAUUAACAAAGAUGAGACGGAGCACACAGGUCAGGAAUCCUAUGUCUGGAAGAUGUACCAGGAACGCUGUUGGGACUUCUUCCCUGCGGGAGAUUGCUUCCGCAAACAAUAUGAGGAUCAGUUGGGUUAAGAAGAUGGAAGAAAGAAGAAGAUGACCCUGAAGCCCAAAUGUUACAGUCCUAGCCUCUUGGCCAUCUUAAAACGAGCCUUUUCAAGACAUUUCAAAGACUACACAGAACACCCACACCUUAUUGUAGUCAUUGACCUGUUUCUGUUCUCAAGUGGAACAGCAUUACUGUGUAACUUAAGUAUCAGUCUGCCUGCCUUCUGUGGCACUUGAUCAAUGUGCCAGUCAAAAAAUGUGAAUAUAGUGACAUGAUGGUUUUGCCAAUAUUGCCAGUUUUAGUAAUAUUGUUUGACAUAACUGACAAUGCCAACAUUAUCUAUUUAAAGAUACUGGUUUACAUACUAGAUUCCUAACGAUACUAGAUUUACAUACUAUGCCAGAGCUAUCGAUUUAAAAAUAUCAUCUCACGUAACAGAAUCCUGCCAACUACACCAAUCUCUCAGAUUUAGAAACCUUGUUUUCUAGAGCGGACUCUUGCCGCUGUUCUAAACAAAAACGCUGCUGCCUUUAUGUGAAUAACGGUUGUGCCCAAUGUUCCUGUCCAAUCACCACCUUAAAAUCAUUUCACAAAUACUGUCUUAGGGUGAGUCUUGGCUUUUAAAGGGUAACAGAAUAGCUAUGUAAACUUACUAGUAUUCAAAAGGGCGUUCUCAUCAUUUUGUAAAUGAUGAACUGCUACUAAUGCCAAAUGUAAGUUUUCCAAUGGAAUGUUUUUUUUUUUCCUCUGGAUCUUACAUAUUUAUUUAUUGUAAGAAAUAUUAGUACAUUCUGCACUUAAAUGGAUAACAAACCAUACCAUGGGCAAUAUGAAAUGACAAGAUGUGUGCUGCGUUACUUGAAUUUAGCUCAGCUCGGGGCUGUGAAGAGAGACACACGUGAGAGUUCAAGGGAUAGAAAUUCAAGCCUCCCAUUCUCGCGUCUUCUCUUCUUAGACAGCCUCUGCUUUUUCUCAUAGAUUUUAUGGUUUCAGCACAACACUACUGUUUUGCCACUAUCAUAAUGUAUUUUCUAAAUAAUUGCAUGUCAUAUUGCUCUGCCUUAUCCUCCGAUUGCAUUGUCCGCACGCUGUCGUCUUGAGUAAAUGGGGCGGCCUAAGAAAUUAAUCUGUUAAAGAUUGCAGCUUUCUGGCUUACAUCAAUUUAAACGCUGACAAAACUAGACAAUAAAAAAAAGAACACAAAAAAAAUAAAUGCUUAAAGCAGAAUAUGAUACAGAAUAUCUGGUCACACACUUGGCAUUGACAGCCUGCUUGUGUAUUUGUGAUGCUCUCUUUCUGCAGGGGGGGACAGGUAGAUAUCUCCUUACAAAUGUGAUUUCCCUAAUGAUUUUAUAGACAUGCGUAAACUUGCUGGCCUCCUUUAAUCAACACACUGCUCAUCUGUUCACUAUCUGCCCACAUAAAGCAUGCACACCCUGUCACAUCAUCAUGUAGAGGUUAGCUGUUGCAGAUCGGUAGCCCUUCCCAGCCGGUCAAGGCUGCUCACCUCAGAUCCCUCUUGUGCCUAAAAAUGUGCCCCGAGUUGAGGUAACAUGUUCUUAUCCACACACACACACACACACACAUCUGAGAAAACCUUGUCGCUUACUAUAAAAGUGUCAAAACGUGAAAAAGUGCCUUACCUGAACAAACAAAGCUAUGCAACAUGACAUCUGUCCUUUCUAGUAUGUUUGCGCUGUAGUUCUUCGGGAUUAGCAGAUGGCUUUGGUGGCUUUUUGUUUUCGUCUUUAACCAAAACCGGAAUCCAUUUGAAUUUAAUUCAGUUAAAUCCUCUCUUACUAGCAGGCUGCAAAACUUUUAGGGUGGAAUUACGAAGACGAUCCCACGGUCGUCUCAAUCACGAGAUCCACUGGGCGAUAACGUGCUCCUGUAUGGCUCCUUGUAUGUGAUGGCUCUGCGUACCUCUGCAACCCCUUAUCUUUUUUUAUUUUUUUUUUUUUUUUUUUUUUUUUUUGAAACAAUAAAGUUCCCAAUGCAAUACAA